CCCCGAACCAUCCCUCGACUAGCACAUUCUACCACUUAAAAAGCCCACACAAAAUCCCUUCCCCUCCUCCGCACUCUGUCCUUCUCGCAUAGUCGCGUUCCACCGCUCACCAUGGCCGGCGCCGUCGAAACCGCUGGUCGCCGGAGGUCUAGCUGCUUCUUCGAGGUCGGUCGGCGCGAGAUCGGUUCCUCCUUCCCCCGCGCCUCCUCCCACCGAAUCAGCGGCUCCGAGGAUAUAGUGAUGCGGAUGAUUCAGUAUGGAAAGUUGCGAGGUCAUGAUGGCUGUGUUAAUACUGUAAGCUUCAAUCCUUCUGGUGACCUCCUCGUGUCUGGUUCGGACGACACAAAUAUCAUACUAUGGGACUGGCUUGCCAAAACUAAAAAGCUCAUUUACCCUUCUGGACACCAAGAAAAUGUCUUCCAUGCUCGUGUGAUGCCGUUUACUGAUGAUAGCACCAUUGUAACUGUUGCUGCUGAUGGUCAGGUUAGAGUGGGACAACUGAAGGAGGGGGGUGGAGUCACAACCAAACAAAUUGGCGAGCAUGAUGCUCGUGUGCAUAACCUGGCUGUCGAACCAGGAAGCCCUUUUGCAUUCUACAGUUGUGGAGAGGAUGGCUUGGUACAGCAUUUCGACUUAAGAAGCGAUUCAGCAACGAAGCUGUUGACCUGCUAUUCUUUCUCAAAUAGCAGGCGCCGUGUAAGACUAAAUACCAUUGCCAUUGACCCACAGAACCCUUACUAUUUUUUAAUUGGUGGUUCUGAUGAGUAUGUACGGUUGUAUGACAUGAGGAGAUUCCAGUUGGAUGAUACAAGAAACAUGAACCAGCCUGUAGAUACCUUCUGCCCUAAGCACCUUAUUAAGGGUGGGAAGGUCCACAUCACUAGUAUUGCAUACUCAUAUGCAAGGGAGAUACUCGUCUCAUACAAUGAUGAGCUUGUCUAUUUGUUCCAAAACAAUAUGGGUCUUGGUCCAAAUCCUGAGUCAGCACAGCUGGAGUUUUUGGAGAAGCUCGAGCAGCCACAAGCAUACUCCGGUCACAGAAAUUUCCGAACCGUUAAGGGAGUCAGUUUUUUUGGACCAAAUGAUGAAUAUGUUGUGAGUGGAUCAGAUUGUGGGAAUGUAUUCAUUUGGAGGAAGAAUGGAGGUGAAUUGAUGAGGAUAAUGAAUGGUGACAAAAGUGUAGUUAACUGCAUUGAACCCCACCCGCAUUUUCCAUUCUUGGCUACUAGUGGGAUUGACAAAACUGUUAAGAUUUGGACACCUGCAGCACGCAAAGUAAUCUCACUACCUAAAAAUGCAAAGCAAAUAAUAGCUUCUAACGAGCAAGGCAGAGAAGUCGACGCUUCCCGAACAGAAGUGACACUUUCAUCUGAUGUCAUCAUGCAUGUGUUGAGGUUGCAUAGGAGACAGUCUGAAUUGUACACAGAGGAUGAACCAUCUGCUGCGGAUUUUGCAAGUGACGAUGACGAGGCUUUCUACAUUGGAUCUGGCGAUGCAGAGAGGAACCAAAGAGCAAACUCUGAUCCCGGGGAAUGCAUUGUGACAUAGCGGGAGGAACAGGGGAUUUUCAAUCUUUUCAGCCCUGUCCUGGAUUCGUGCGGGAGCAAACUGCAUAGGUCUUAGAUUGCUCUUUUUACAUACCAUGCUAUGCUGCGGAAUGUGUCUCCCACUGCACACUUGGGAGUUAUGAGGAUAUACAGAUAUUGAUACUUUUUGGAGAAACAAAACUGGUAGUGUCGAAGCCUGCUCCUUGUUCGUUCUGCUGUAGUUUUACUGAAUAUGCUCAGUUCUCAAUACUCUUGUACCUAGUCUAGUAAAAAUAUAAAAUAAAUGUGUUCCGGGCAUGUGUAAUUAUGAACUGUAUCCCAAAGCCCGAAUUGUGAUGUUAACCGCUCAGCUUGUACAGAAGUUUUUCUUGGUGCGGAAAUGAUGAGAAUUUAGUUGUCCCGCUUGCUGGCAAA